AUGUCUACAGUCAAACCAGACACUUUGGCACCCCAGAAGCGCAGCCACGGUCAAAAGGGUCUUCCACCGCCCAAGAAGCCACACGUUAGUUCUUCUGCCAUUACAACUCCAAGUAAGCUCUUCACGCUUGAACACUUUGAGGACGAUCUCAAUUGGCAAGAUAUCAGUCCGCUCAAGCCAAAGUUGGAGACGAAGAUCAAGCCCUUCAGAGAAACACCUACACCAUACAUCAAAUCAGAAGGGGUGAAGAAGGAGGAAGAUGUCGAUGCCAAGAACGGGAUCCUAGCCAUUGCCAGUCUCCCUAGGAUGGGUUCUCCCAGACAAGAACAGACACGCCGUAUAAAAUCGGAAGGAAUCAAGAAAGAGAUCUUUGAAUCCAGUAAGGGAAACCCAGUCGCGGAGAAACCCGCCUUUCGCUUGGACUUUGGCCUUCACAAUGAAAAGACGUUCGAUGGUCUUAUACAAGAUGGCGAGCAUAAAUACAUCGACUGGAUGACAAACACAGACUUCUCUUCACGACCCGGUCUAGAGCAUGCGCUGGAGGAGUUCAAGAUUACAACGAGAAAGAAGACUGGCAUCACUCUUGGUUCCAUCAAGGACUUCGUGCCACCAAAAUUAGGCACGGCACCUGCUAAAUUCAACGACUGGUUAGGCAGUCCUCUGUGGAUUACCAUAAACCAGGCUCGUCAAUACUUUGGAAUCAAACACGGCUUGAGAGACUUGCCAAGGGUAGAGGGAGAGGGAAGGGGACCUCCAAGAUACUGGCUCUAUCAUGUUUACGAACUCUCGAAAUUUCUGGGGUAUUGGACUAAGGAAGACGCCGAUCUUUCUCUUGUGGGAUUCUUGAACAGAUACGAGGAUAGGGUGCUAGAGAUUGCGGAGGAUAUGCUUGGAGGUGGUGGAGGAGGAGGUGAAGAUUAUCCGCUCUGUUUUUGCGAUGACGCACUCAUUCGCUGUAUUUGUGGGCAUGAUGGAUAA